AGAUCCAAUUAAUGUGUGACAUCUUCUCUAAACCUGAACCCGUAGCCAUGGAAACAAUUUCAAAAUUUUCGGUGCAAAUAUUAAGCUGGGAAAAGUAAACGGAUUUCGCUAGAGCAAAAUUGACAGAUAAUACCGAUAAUACCGAUAAAUUCGUCAAGCGUCAAGCGACUUAUGGAGGAACGUCUAAGGCUACUGAGCAAAACGCAGCCACGAUCCGCAAUGCCAACAAAAAUACGACGAAUCCGUCGCGUUUGUGUUAAUAUUGAGGCCAACGGCUGUCGUCCUUGCCGUUGCUUAAAGUCAAUGAAUUCGCUGUAUUAUCCGGACGAAAGCGUGUACUACAAUCCUUGGAAUCUGGACAAAGGCAACCAAAUGCAGCAGCACAUGAACUCGUCAGUCUAUGCCCAUGCCAUGCACAAUCUGUGCUCGCCCGGUAUGGCAGCCGGGUCGAGCUCCGGCUUGAAUUAUGGCGGCACACGCCUGCCGGCUGGAGUAACCGUCUGCAACAACUCCAGCCAGGAGGAGGCCAUUGCGGAGCUCAAAUAUAUGCUGGACACGCUGGAGCAGCAGCAGCAAAUGACCGACAUGGGCGCCUACUAUAGCUCCGCUACCCAGGCGACAAAUAGCCUAAUAAGCCCGCCAAGCUUUCACCCCUGCGUGCACCCAGUCUUUCAUCCACACUUUCAACCACACUUUCGGUCAAACCUGCAGCCAUGCUGCCAGCCGAGCAGCUGCUCAACACACGCCUCGCAGAAUUCCGAAGGCAGCGCCCAUACGGUUCUGGAUUACACCCAGGACCUGGGCGAGUCGCUUACGGAAGAAGCAAAAGCGGAGGGCAAAGAGGCUGCCGAGGACACGACACCGCAAGGCGAACGAGAUAAUCAGAUUAAGACGCUUACGGAUCUGAUGCGUCAGACCAUGCGCAAGCUGGACAACUACAUGACGCUGCAAUCCGCGCAGCAACAGCAGCAGCAGCAGCAGGCACAAGGCUCGCAGCUGAACAUGAACUCGUAUCUGGAUCUGCCGCGGCUGACACAAUACAUGAAAUCGUCGCUGCCGAUGACCCUGGUAAACAGCCUACAGCAGCCGGCCAAGACGCGCGGCAAGCGGCUGGUCAAGGUCAUGCCCGUGCAGCCGCUGGUCAUCAUGCCGGCACAGACCGCAACCGCACCCGCUGCAACGCCAGCGCCAGCUGCUCCGGUCGAGCCGCCCGCCAAGUAUCGUGUGCGUGUCCGCAGGAAACGUCCGUCCAGCGGAAAGUCUACUAGCAAGAGCCAGGUCGCCGAGAGCUGUCCGGCUAGCAGCUGCCAAGUGGAGGCGUCUGGGCAAAACAUGCGCGACAGCAGCACCACCAUGUGGUGUCCCAGGGAUUGCUGCAAGCACUGCUGUGGCGUGGUUACGGAGAGCAAGACAAGAUUACCCAAGUCACCGGAGCCAGCACCAACACCAGCACCGGUUGCCCCGCUAUCCAUACCCAUACAGCUGUACGCGAUGGGGACGCGGCCGAGCCUAAUAGAGGCGAGCAGUUGUCCAGCACGUAUGGAGCGCGUGCCUCCAGCGUUGUCCAAGAAACCGCCAACAAGGCUGCAGGGUAACAAACAUAAUUCCGACUAUGAAAUUGGCUACGACGUGGAUGAUGAACUGGACCGAAACAGGGCUAGCAAGCUUAGCUACGCUUAUAUCGAGGAGGAAGAGGAGGAGCAGGAACAGGAUCGAGGAGAAGAGGAGAAGCACGAGCUGCAGCAGCCGAAGCAGCAACGCCAACGCCUCCCCCAAAAGCUGGAACCGGAACCGGACCCGGAGACAGAGACCGAGCCGGAGCAAAGUAGCUCGGAUCACUGGUACAAUAACGCAAGGUAUAGUCUGGCUCAGUUGGAAAAGCAGGAGAGCUACUUCACCAAUAUGGAGCUGGAACAGGAGCGAGAGCGGGAAGUGGAGGCGUCGGGGAGCACCUGCAACAAGUUGCAGCAAACAGAUUCGUGCAGCACCAUGGACAACUCAACGGACAGUAGCUUGACGCCCACACGUUUCAUAGCCACCACGGACAAGUCGGUGUCGACCAACGACAUGCAACAGGUGUUGCAGGCUGCAAAGGGUCCGCCCGUCAAGAUUGUGCGCAUCUGCAAGACGUCCUCGAUGAAGUCCAGGCGCGGCAAGACCCCGACCAAAAAUAAAUCCAAGGCUAGGGUUAAGUUCGAUAAGAGCCAAGCAAAGCUGCAUAGCGUGGAGUCCAAUGUGAAUCCCUUCCUGGUAGCGCCACACGAGCAGCUGCCCAAGUAUCGCAUGCUCAAGUCCAUGAGCGAGACGCGAUCCGAUGCCGGGCAGUCCGGCAAAAGGAAACGCCGCUAUACGGCCGAGCAGGAGGCCCGGUAUCAACGGCUAAUGGAGGAGGUCGAGAGCAUAGAGAGCGAGAUGGAAAGGAAUGUUAGCAAUGAAUUCAAGUGCAAUCCCAUGGCCAGUAGCUCACGCUUGCGCUGCCAUGGCGGCUCAGUUUCAUCCGUUUAUCCGACCGGCUGGACGCAGUGAGAAAUAGCAGUAGGGAU